AUGCCUCCUAUUGGGCACACCUCCACAUCGGUUAAUCGCACCGUGGUUAUCCACGAGGACGGAGACAAGUUGCACAUGUAUCUAUUGCCUCUCACAGUGUAUGAAAUAGGAAGAGACCUCCUACUCAACGAGGAGAGCUUGCACGGAGACUCGGAAGGGUUUGACCUCGGCGGGCUACCUCCAGCUGAGGCGAGAUGGGGAGCGCCUACACGUGCUAAACCAUCUCGCAAGAUCGAGUUUCAGCUAUGGGGUUAUGAUCAGGGUUGGGGCGAUGAUUAUGAUAAUCGAGGAACGUACAAUGACUCUUACUCCUGGUUCGAUGCCAGUGUGUUGAGAGACUUGAUAUGCCAGACGACCUUACGCAUGCUUGUCCCGCUGAUUAGUACCGACCUUCAAUGA